AUGUGUUCACAGUAUACUUUUUAUUUUUCAGCUCUACUUCAGGUUUCCAUUUCUCUUAGCAAAGUCGAACUCAGUGUCGGUGAAUCCAAAUUCUUCACAUGUACAGCCAUUGGUGAGCCUGACAACAUAGAUUGGUACAAUCCGCAAGGAGAGAAAAUUGUUUCUAGUCAAAGAGUGGUUGUUCAGAAAGAAGGUGUUCGAUCACGUCUCAUCAUUUAUAAUGCAGAUGUAGAAGAUGCUGGCAUAUAUCGAUGUCAAGCAACAGAUGCUAAAGGACAAACUCAAGAAGCUACUGUUGUUUUGGAAAUUUAUCAAAAGCUCACUUUUCGGGACAUAGUAUCGCCACAAGAGUUCAGGCAGGGAGAAGUUGCAGAAGUUGUUUGCCGUGUCACUAGUUCACCUGCUCCCAUUGUCAGCUGGCUGUAUCGGAAUGAAGAAAUAUCAACUCUUGCUGACAAUCGAUUGGCAAUAUUAGCAAACAAUAAUCUUCAGAUUCUUAACAUCAAUAAAAGUGAUGAAGGAGUAUACCGUUGUGAAGGAAGAGUGGAAGCCAGAGGAGAGAUUGACUUUCGUGAUAUAAUUGUUAUUGUGAAUGUUCCCCCUGCAAUUACCGUGCUACAGAAAUCUUUUAAUGCCACUGCAGAUCGAGGAGAAUCCAUAACUUUGUUUUGCAGAGCCACUGGAUCGCCUCCACCAGAAAUAAGUUGGUCUAGGAAUGGUAAACUUAUUGAAGAAAAUGAAAAAUACAUAUUGAGAGGGAGCAAUGCAGAGUUAACAAUAAGAGAUAUAAAAAAUAUUGAUGCAGGUCCUUAUAUCUGCAGUGCUAAAAACAAAGCAGGAAAUGAUAAAAGACAGACAUUCCUUCAAGUUUUUGUACAGCCUCAAAUAAUACAACUUAAAAAUGAAACCACAUUUGAGAAUGGGAAAGCCACCCUCAUCUGUGAAGCAGAAGGAGAACCUAUUCCAGAGAUUACUUGGAAAAGGGCCAUUGAUGGAAUAACUUUCUCUGAAGGUGACAAGAGCCCAGAUGGCCGUAUAGAAGUCAAAGGGCAGCAUGGAAAAUCGUCACUGCAUAUUAAAGAUGUGAAGUUGUCAGAUUCAGGGAGAUAUGACUGUGAAGCUGCAAGUAGAAUUGGUGGGCACCAAAAGAGCAUGUACCUUGAUAUUGAAUAUGCUCCAACGUUUCUGUCAAAUCAAACUGUGUAUUUCUCUUGGGAAGGCAAUCCCAUCAAUAUAACAUGUGAAGUACUAGCAAAUCCAUCUGCCUCAGUUCAGUGGAGAAAAGGAAAAUUAGUUCUACCAGUAAAGAAUACAACACAUCUGAAGACCUACAGUGCAGGAAGAAAGCUGAUUCUAGAGAUUGCUCCUACAUCUGACAGUGAUUUUGGACAGUAUAAUUGUACAGCUACAAACAGAAUAGGAACAAGAUAUCAGGAGUACACACUCGGUCUAGCUGAUGUGCCAUCAAAUCCUUAUGGAGUACGAGUUUUAGAGUUGUCGCAAACCACUGCCAAGGUUUCAUUCACUAAGCCAGAUUCACAUGGAGGUGUGCCCAUUCACCACUACCAAGUGGAUGUAAAAGAGGUAGCCUCAGAAACCUGGAAGAUUGUUCGCUCCCAUGGAGUUCAAACAAUGGUUGUUCUCAGCAAUUUGGAACCAAAUACAACGUACGAAAUCAAAGUAGCUGCUGUAAAUGGAAAAGGGCAAGGAGAAUAUAGCAAAAUCGAGAUAUUUCAGACUUUACCUGUCCGUGAGCCAAGCCCACCAUCAAUUCAUGGACAGCCAGGAAGUGGAAAGAGUUUCAAACUUAGUAUAACUAAACAAGAUGAUGGAGGUGCCCCCAUUUUGGAAUACAUUGUCAAAUACAGAAGUAAAGAUAAGGAAGACCAGUGGCUAGAGAAAAAAGUGCAGGGUAGUAGAGACCACAUCAUCUUAGAGCAUCUUCAGUGGACCAUGGGUUACGAAGUACAAAUUACAGCUGCAAACAGACUGGGUUUUUCUGAACCAACGUUGUACGAAUUUAGCAUGCCACCGAAGCCCAACAUUAUUACAGACACUCUUUUUAAUGGUCUUGGACUUCGUGCUGUUAUUGGCCUGGGAGUGGCGGCCCUUUUGUUAAUCCUUGUUGUGACUGAUGUCAGCUGCUUCUUUGUACGACAAUGCGGAUUGCUAAUGUGCAUCACCAGGAGGAUUUGUGGGAAAAAGAGUGGCUCAAGUGGAAAAAGUAAAGAACUGGAAGAAGGAAAGGCUGCCUACUUGAAAGAUGGAUCAAAAGAGCCAAUAGUGGAAAUGAGAACAGAGGAUGAAAGAAUUACCAGCCAUGAAGACGGGAGCCCAGUAAAUGAGCCGAACGAGACUACUCCUCUCACAGAGCCGGAGAAGCUGCCACUGAAGGAGGAAAAUGGGAAAGAAGCUUUAAAUCCAGAAACCAUAGAAAUCAAAGUUGCUAAUGACAUCAUCCAGUCAAAAGAAGAUGAUAGCAAAGCAUAA